GUAUACGUGAAAUAUAGCUAUUAUACUGCUUUCCUAUAGGCAACCCCUGCUAUUUUAGUAAUAUAAAAGCAAUGUUUCACAUAUAGAACGUCCGGUUCCUGUGGCACUGCCUAAGAAAAAUCUCUGAUCGAGGAAUUCAAAGAAGAGGAUUUGCUCCAACAGUGUCUCGAGUAAACAGUACUUGUUCUGUACAUUUGCAUUACAAAGAUCAAAAUCAAUAUUCGGCGAUAUUCGGCGUUUUAGUUGAGUCUUUUUUUGCCAAAAUAUGGAAACCACAAGCGUAUGCAUGGUGUACCCUCCUAAAAAUAAGAACAAUUAAUGAGAAAUAGGGACUUAACUUAAAAUUGUAUACAGCAUCAAAAAUUAGGUUGUCAAUAAACAGAUGAGCCCGAUAUGGUCGAAACCGGUCAGCAGUAGUAAAGUUUGUUGACAAGCUAAUUUUUUGAAGCUGGUAUAUGUUGUGUUCACGCCUUAUUUCUCAUUUAUAGCAAUACAAAAGAUACAGGCAAUUUCUAAUCCCUCUGUAUUACACAUCCCUUAUACAAUGUGAAGUGAUUUAAAUAAUGUACUUAAACAUCUUUAACUUACCAGUAACAGUUUAAAAGUGGGUUGUCAUAUCAUCCGGUUUAUUUAAACUAGAAUAACAGAACAGGCAAUAGUCAAGUCUCUAUCAUUUUGAAAAGAAAAUUCACUACUACCAUGGAAUCAGGAUUUGAAAAGGACUUGGUAGACGCAUUGAAGAGUGUUGUAAAGGGAAGCAACUGGCAGUGUCUUGGAGAUGUAGAUCAGCUGAAGACAUUGAAAUGUCGACGUGUAUACACAGACGAAGGAGAUGAUUUGGUUCUGAUAAAUGUUCAGAAUGGAAAACAGUUUUUUGUGUUAGAUGCAUCUUGUCCUCAUGAAGGUGGUCCUCUUGAUGAAGGUGACAUUGAAGACAUAGAUGGACGUUGGGUCGUACUGUGUCCAUGGCAUUUCUACGAUUAUGAUUUAGAGACUGGCAAAUCAUCUUCUGGUUUGGUGCAAGACACUUACCCUGUGGAGGUGGUGGACGGCAAAGUGUACAUCAACACAGACAGAAAUCUCUCCCUACAUCCUAUAAAGACUAAACAGUUAACUACAGAUCCUGGUGUCACCACUGAUAGUAUAACAGUAAAGGAGGAUGACAACAGUCUGACCUACUGGGCUGUUAAAAUUCUACAGACGUCAAACCCUGAAGAAAAGGCUAGACUCACUUUGGAAAUAGGAGAGCUCUGGAGAUCAGGGAAGAUAACUGGGAUAGGUAAUAAUUCUCCACCUGAUCAACCUUCUCGUGAUCCUCAGCUCAGCAUAGUAGCUCCUGGAAAGGAGAACAAGCGUGGAAAGGGAGCAACACAGAGCAGUCGUAUAGCCAACCUUCACUCUCUGGCUAACAUAGAACAGUGGGCCAUUGACCUGUCCUGGGAUAUUGUGGCACGUUUCCCAUGUUGGCCCAGUGACGUGGUGACUGACCACACCACAGAUGUUCUACAACUACCUAAAGCAUUUUUUGAUGACUUUAUUCAGGUUGCCUGUGAUGAAGCAAAGCAUUUCCUGUUACUGUCAAACAGACUGAAAGAUCUGAACAGCCAUUUUGGUGCCUUAACUGUACAUAAUGGGCUCUGGGAAUCAGCCACUGAGACAAGGGACUCUCUGCUAGCUAGACUUGCUAUAGUUCAUAUGGUACAUGAAGCUCGUGGACUGGAUGUUCAGCCUAAGACACUGGCUAAAUUUGCCACUCAGAAGGACGUGAAAUCAGUGGACGUUUUAAAAGUAAUCUACACAGACGAAAUAACACAUGUGGCAGCUGGACUGCGAUGGUUUACAUAUGUUUGUCAGCACCACAGUCCCCCAUUGGAGUGCAUCCCUACUUUUCAUGACAUGGUGAAAAAACAUUUUAGAGGAUAUUUGAAGCCACCUUUCAACACCGAGGGUCGUGACACAGCAGGCAUGGGACCAGAGUGGUAUAUGCCUCUAAUAAAGCCACAGAGUUGAUCCCAGGAGGGGGGACAACAAAGAGUUGACUCCGAAGGAAGGAUGACACAGAGUUGAUCCCAGGAGGGGGGACAACAAAGAGUUGACUCCGAAGGAAGGAUGACACAGAGUUGAUCCCAGGAGGGGGGACAACAAAGAGUUGACUCCGAAGGAAGGAUGACACAGAGUUGAUCCCAG